AUGUCUGAUGCAUCAGGUAGGAAGACAGAAAGAUUUGAAAUAAUGAGUAAAAACUGAAAAUAAUGAGGCUUUCUAAUUCGCGCUAACCAGACAGGCUAGCUGUCUCUGUUCCGCUUGUGAACCAUCAGAGGGGUCUGCAGAGGCUGGGUUUGAUAUGGUGUUUUUGUUUUAAUCUGUAGAACUGCCUAAAAAAGAAGAAGAAGAAGAGGAGGUCACACCUGAACCAGACGUGAGACAAACUGUUAUUUCUAGCGACCUGGUUUUUACAAAGUUAUUCAUCUGACUGUCAGCUCUUUCAGCAAAGCUGCUACGGUAUAGUUUAUAAGGUCCAAACCCCUUACAGCUAGUUUUCUCAGAUUUGAACUAGUUCAGUUAAGAGAGUCUACAGCGUCUUUGUUCAGUAUAGGAUUAAUAAAACCUUACUUCAUUAGUGAAUAAAUGAAUAAUUAAAUAAAAGUUCAGAGCUUUUUUCCUCCCUGAACCUUACCUGAUCAGGUGCCUAUCUAAACCAUCAAAACAAAGACUUCCCAGGUCUGGUCUAUGUUCUGUUUUAUAUUCUUCAGACCCUUUAAACACAAUUUCAUAUUGUUUUUGUGAAAAUUUAAAGAAUGGGAAAUUUCACAGAAACAUAGAUCCUAUAGGGACCAGUUCCUGUUCCCAAAUCUCAGUAUUUAAGCUUCAUUAUAUACAUCAUUUGAACAACUGAUGUGGGGUGAGGAAAUGUUAUCGUCCCUCCCUUUCAUCCUCACAAAUAAAAUGAAGACUUCCCAAACCUAAAAAUGUGUUUUAAAGAGGCUUUAAUAUCUUUAGAAUUAUUUAGGUCAGACCUGUAUUGAAUUUCCUUUCCAGGAUCAAUAAAGUUCUUAUCUUAUCUUUAAGUCUUUGUACUGUGGUUUUGGGAUCAGGUCCAUUAUGGUCCAAAGGUGAAACACCCUGUACAAUUACUGUUUUUUACAUUUUCACUAAAAGAAAAAAGGUUUUUCAGAGCUAAAAUGCAUUUUAAAGAGUCCUUAAACACUUUUUAGAUGGUCUAGUGCUGAUCUUUGGUUCAGGAUCUAAUUUUGACAACUGUCCCCAUACAAGCUAGAUGAAAUGCUGUUUAGUUCUGUAAAAAACAAGUAGAUUCUUGCACAGCAGAUCUCAGCUAGUUUAAUCAAGCUUUCCCUUGAAGCUGUUUUACUUAUUGUGUUAUAACUGGUAUUAAUGUGGGUGUGUUGUCUUUUGUAGGAGCAAUCAGACGACAGCAGUGAGGAGGAGGCUGCAGGGGACACAGAGAGUAUAUACAAACAGUGACAGAUUAACCACAACCCUAUGUUAAAAAGGAGAAUGAUGAUAUUUUCACAUAUUUCUUUCUACUUCUAAUCUACUUUUCAAAAACUAUAGCAAAAGUAUCCAUUUAGUGUCUAUAAAAACAUACAUAUCUAACCUACCCAAACUUCUAUAAUUAUAUAUUAAUGCGUAUGUUUCUCCCUUUUGUUUUUUUGCCAGUGGACUUCCUGCGAAACCUCUUCUCCAGCACCCUGGGCCUUGGCUCAGCUGAGAAAGUUCUGGAUGACCUGACUCUGGAAGGAAUUGCUCAAUACAUAAAAAGUGGCAAAUGUGAGUCCUUGUCUGCUCCUUCAGUAAAACUAGACACAGUCUUUCCUGGCAGUGGGCUCUAUUUUCGUGUCCGCCAGCGACGCGGCAGAGGAUGGCGGACCUUGCACAGUGGUAUUUUCGUCUGGCAGAGCCAGGCGUACAGCCAGUUUGGUAUUUUCGUGGACUGAGGUGCACCAAGGUCCGCAAAGCUGGGCGUGGUGGCGCAGCAGGGGGAGGUGUUGACAGAAUUAGCUGGCGGCGUAGAAAGUGUGCUGAAAGCUUGCCGAUUCAAACUAGGCCUGAACGAUAUAUCGUUUGACUAUCGUCAUCGCGAUGUACGUGUGUGCGAUAGUCACAUCGCAGAGCCUGCGAUAUUGGAGGUGAAUGAACUCAUUUAAUUUCAAGGGUAACCGACUGAGAUACACUCCAUGUGACUCUGCAUGUGCUGUGCAGCGAUCCACCAAUCGCCUUCGUCCUUAACUCAGUUGCCAAUCAGACUACCCUGCCAGCUGUCAAUCAAAAUCAGGGAGGAGAAAACCCACCCCUGCACAUGUUCUGCACAUGGAGGGAGACGUGUGUCCGCUGAGAAUUACUUUCGGAACUUUACUCAUGACUAUUAAGCCCAACAAAUAAGAACUGUAUGGGUUUUAAAUUGUACAUUUCCGUGGACCACUCUACUAUAAGCAGUGCGCGUUUUGCGAGGUGCAUGCAAUUCUCGGAGGACAUGCGUUUCUCGGCACAACACCGCUAACAACAACAACAACGAUCGCAAAAUGAACAACGAACAAGCGAAAACCACCGAAAAUGAAGAUUUGUUGCCAAAAAGAAAAGGAAAGUCAGUUAUCUGGAAUUAUUUCGGUUAAAAGAAGGAUGAUGUCGACCAAAACACGUCUUCUGUGUUCACCUGUUGCAACAAUAACGUCCCAGCACAAUAAAAGCUAAAAAUAUCUCUGAGACAGACAGAAGCCGUUCUACUAACAUUCACAAAAAGAGGUAAGAUCAGAGCAGAUUAACUGUCCUCAAGAUUUCAGCAGUGCAGCAUAACAUUAAGUGCUAUUCAGGUCAUCUGGUGAAAAUACUGUAUUUUUAAUAUCGCAAUAUAUAUCGCAGGGUUGAAAAAAUCGCAAUAUUAUUUUUUUCCAAUAUCGUGCAGCCUUAAUUCAAACCUGGUCGGCUUUCAGAGCAGGCAGAGCGCAGCUGGUCUAGUGGUAUUUUUGUAGACCAGCGGCGUAUCGGCAUAUGUCACCGAUGCCUCACAGGCAGGUUUCCACAGUGUCAGGCACAUUUCAGUGCAAUAAAUAAUCAAUAACAACUAAUAAUCUGAGUCAGCACAUACAUUUAGAUCUAUAUAGAUAUAUUCUGAUCUAUAUCUGAUCUGAUGAGCACGUUUGGCACGCGUUUGGACACACAACCUGACCGAAUCAACACAGCUGAAACCGAAUUAAAUUAAAUUAAAUAUCUAGUAAAUAAACACACAUGAUAAAGUUAACAAGAUAUGUAAUUUGUCUCCCUCCUUUUCUUUCUCCCUCUUCCUCUUAUUUCUCGCGUAGCUUGACCUGGACAUGUCUCUGUGUCCUCUCCCUGUCCUGCUGCUGCUGCGGCUGAUCAGAUGAUUUAUUUCAGUGCUCAGAUGAGUUAUUUACUUUAAACCUACAUGUGGAUAUUAUAAUAUUCAGUUUUGUGAGUCAAAUUUAUUUUAUAUGCCAACAUCUAUGAAAGAAAGAGCCAGGCCACAGAGCGCAAUGCGUCAUUUACGCACAGAUGGUUCCGAUUUUAAUGCCAUUUUUGGAGUUUAUGUUGUGAUCUCUGCGCACAACCCACCUUUGUCACGUGAGGUUUGAAUAUGUGCAACUUUAUGUGAGUGUCUUUAUCUGUGGAAAAGGGUGUUUGUCUUACCAGUGGGUCCAACAUUACACACACCAAAUCCAUCUGUGCUUAUAUGAGAGCGUGUGGAGCGCGCCCUCUGCAGCGUUUACAACGACACUUGUUGAGGGGCUGCCUUCUGUUGCCAUCGUGUGGCACGGCUGUCUUCAGACAUCUCUUGAUCUCUUUGACUACUUCAUGAAAAUUGUAAUAGACGGUGGCGGAUUUAAAGGUGAGGAAAGGAGUGGUUCUGAUUGGCGAAAACAGCUCUCGGCUGUGUAAAACCCACUGUACGACCUAUUCUGCUGGGAGGAGCUGAUUUAGGGAGGGGGAUACUGCACCACUCACCAAAAUACCAAAAUGUGCUUGGGAACGCCUUGUUGGUGCGGUGGACCUGAAUUACGCCGCGCCUACGCCACGUCGCCAGCGAGGAUCAAAAUUAGAGCCCUUUAUGUCUGCUGUCAUAAUGGGCUUACUGUUGAUUUAUUUAUGUGAAAAAGUUCUCUUUGUCCACGCAGGUAAAAACAUCAUCUGCAUGGUCGGAGCAGGAAUAUCCACCUGUGGGUAACUCAGGUUGAUAAUCAUAUUCCAGUUUUUUUAUUUGAAUUUGUAAUCAUCAAUCCUCUGUAACCUUCUCACCCUACAGCCGCUGGGAUUCCUGAUUUCCGAUCUCCGGGAACUGGCCUGUAUGCAAACCUUCAGAAAUAUAACCUGCCUUACCCAGAGGCCAUCUUUCAGAUCGAUUACUUUAAGGUGAGUGACAAAUAGUUUUGUUUUUAUCUGAACAAACCCACACACUCUGCAUGGACCAGCUUUCUCUGCGGUAUUAAAAAUACUUCACACGCUUCAGUUAUCUUAAUUCAUGCAAGAUAAUUAGUACUUUCUAUCCUUUUUUUUAUCCCAGUUUCUGAAAUGUUCAGCAAAGCCAACAAUCUAUUUUGCUCUGGGGAAAUCAUACUUUAUCUUAACAUCACUACUUGUGUAGAUAAUUCACUUCUCCAGAAUCGAAACAAAAACUGUAAGUUAUACAUUAAAUCAUCAGAAGGGAGUCAUUUUACACCUUAUAAACUUGAGCUCUUAAAUUCAGGAGCAAAAUUAGAGAGUAGAUUUUUCACUUCAUCUUUAACAACUUAUUCCUACAUCUCUUACCUCAGAAACAUCCAGAACCUUUCUUCGCCCUGGCUAAGGAGCUUUACCCAGGACAGUUUAAGGUAUGUAAAAUGUGCAAAUUUAAAGAUGAUCUUAGUUUUAAAACCUCAAGUGUUAUAACAGAGAGCUGCAGGAGCCUCACAGGUAUCUGUUCUCUUUUGUUUGACCUAAAUUGGCGUUUAGCCAACAGUUUGCCACUACUUCAUGAAGAUCCUGAAAGAGAAAGGACUCCUCAGCCGCUGUUACACACAGGUAAGUAAAAGAUCUCGACAGUCGAUCCUGAUCCCAUCCUGAUGACUGGCCACAGAAUCUUCAUAUAGGUGUUCUGACGUUGUGUGUAUGUUUUCCUCAGAACAUCGACACUCUGGAGCGAGUGGCUGGACUCGAGGGAGAGGAUCUGAUUGAAGCUCAUGGAACAUUUUACACGUCUCACUGUGUCAGCUUCUGCUGCCGCAAAGAGUACAGCCUGGACUGGAUGAAAGGUGACUUAAACUUCAGUUAGCAUGUAUACAUCAUAACCUAAAGUCCAGGAAUAUCACAGUGUAGUAUUUUCAGCCUUUUAAGACUCUUUGUUCUGUUUUGUUUAGAUAAAAUCUUUUCCGAUGACAUUCCUCAGUGUGAUAAGUGCAGCAGUUUGGUGAAGCCAGGUCAGAAGACCUCUGUCUCUUUUUCUUUUCAAUUUCCUCUAUUAAAUUGACUUUUUGGGGCAUUUUCUCUUUCAGUUUGUUUUAUCUUCUAUUUCACAAACCCACCUCUGAAUUUAAUCGCCUCAUAUCUCAUUGUGUCUUUGUACUUCUGUGUUUACUGCGUCUCUAAACCCAGAUAUCGUCUUCUUUGGAGAAAAUCUUCCAGUCCGGUUUUUCACUUCUAUGAAGAUGGUGAGCACACAAUGCCAGUUUGUACAUUGCUGAGAAUCUGGUGUAACCCUCCUGCACUCUUAUUAUCCUUCUUUCUUACCCAUCAGGACUUCCCUCGCUGUGACCUUCUCAUCGUCAUGGGGACGUCUCUGCAGGUCCAGCCGUUUGCGGGUCUUGUCGGCAGGUAAUGCAAAUACUGCUGUCAACACUGAAUAAACUUCAAUCUCAGCAAGAAAACAAGGCUUUAACCUGAUCUCUUCAAAGCAGCACGUGCUGCAUCAGGAGUUUUUAUGUGACUCUUGCUUGUAUUGAGUGUAAUUAUAUAUUUUUGACUUGAAAUGAGACAUUUCCUAAGUUUUUGCAGACGCUGCUGCAUUGAUGUUGUACUGCAGUCAAGCACUAAUGUCAAUUGUUUAUUGCAACCAGACCAGUGUUUUUUUUUUUUUUUUCUAUUUAUUUACCUUGUCAUGUCGUCAAAACUUGUCAUAGUAAAAAAGAAAAACACACUGUUCAAGUUGCAGAAAUGUUUAAAUUCAAAUACAGUAAGACCAAAUUUUGCAGAAAAAGUUUAUUUGUUUUGCCUUUUUUCUCUCUUUUUUUUAUCCAGGGUUUCAAAAAGUUGCCCCAGACUGCUGAUAAACAUGGAGAAAGCAGGACAGGUAACCUUCAGACCUCCAUCAACAUGUCACAUAUCAGCCCUUUAUCUAAAGGAACAAUGUUAUUGAGUUCUCUGUUUGAUUUGGUCUGUUUUUCUGCGCAGGCUGAUCCUCUGCUGGGAUUGCUGGGCUUUGGAGGAGGGAUGGACUUUGACUCAGACAAGGCGUACAGGUGAUCGGACUGUUUCACUUCUCCUUUUAACUUUUAUUUCAAUCUCUAUUUCUUAAGGCAGAAAAUCAAACCGUUUCCAGAAAUAGUGACAUCUCUUAUGCAUGGUUUCUCUUGUUUUUGAAGCCAAGCACCCUCAACCAUGAUUUAGUGUACUGCAUGCUUGUAAAACAAAAAAUAUAACUAAUAAUAAUAAUAAAAUAAUAAAUAUAUAAAAGAAAAUGGAUUAAAAAAACAGGAGCUCACCAACCCAGUCCUAAAGCUGAGGUGUUUCUUAUUAGGGCUUAUUUUGCUGUCAAACUUAUCCCUUCACUGUAACUUUUACCGUUUAAGUAAUCAGAUGUAACAGGAUCAUGGUCUACACUCUCCACCAAGCUUGUGCUUGUUACCUCCGCCAAGGGGGUUAUGUUUUCGGUAGCGUUGGUUUGUUUGUUUUUUUAUCUGUUAGCAACUUUGCGGAGAAAGUAACAGACAGAUUGACCUGAAAUUUUCACCAGAGGUGCCCCAGGUCUCUGCCCCAGGAGGAUCCCAUUACAUUUUGAUGGUUAUCUGGACAAAAUUCUGGGUACUGUGAUCCAGAACACACCAAAAUAAGGGUGUCGUUGGAAUUUUCAAUGCUGAAAGACAACCAAUGGGCGGCACAGUGGUGUAGUGGUUAGCACUGUCGCCUCUCAACCAGAAGGUCCUGGAUUCGAAUCCCGGUCAGGGCAUUUCCAUGAGCUGCUUGGCGGAGGUCUGCGCUCUCCAAGUGCUUUUCUAGUUAUCUGUGUUUCAGUCUGAGUUGGUAUGAUGCACUUUACAUUUACACCUGUAGAGGGCGCCAAAGUCACAAAUAACGAAAUAUUUUUAAGCCCGAGUCAGCUUUCUCUCCAUUUAACUUAAUACUUGUUUUACUUUAUAAAUAACUCUUACUUAUGAAUCUCUCAGCAGUCACUUUACCGUCACCAUGAUGACAUUGUUUCUCAAUCAUAUCAACAACCUCUCAGAAUACACAUGAGCAAAAUCUCGAGCUCCAGGGACUAUUUGCAGCAUGUUCACAAGAAGCAGUGAGAUGGUUUCAAUGACCACUUUCACACACAUUUAAGGCCAACGUGGGAAAUUUAUUCUGGUCACGGUCUAAUUUUAUUUGUUUUAUCUGACCUUCAGUUAACCCAGUGAGACCAAGAUCUGUCUUAUGUGGGUGACAGCAUACGUCUGAACAAAUAUUACAUAAUCAAGAGACAGAUUACAGACGAUAAGUUCAAAACAACAAUUCAGAAGGUGUAAACUUAUUAGCAAAUAAAGUGCAGAAGAGAUAACAGUCAAAAGAAACACAGGGACCUUAACUGUUGUCUCAUGUUUUCAGUUGAAAGUAGAUCAGAGCAGCAAAUCAUUGUUUCUUUUUUGCAGAAUCUCAGUCUUGAAUUUCCUUUUACUUUAAAUCAUUUUGAUUUCACAGUUUUAAAACGAGAGAUGUGCAUAAAAACAGCUUGUUACUUUCAUGAUCUUUUACCACUUUGUCUCUUGAUAUGAUGUCGUGUGCAGAUUUGUCAAGGUUUUAACACUCUUCAUCUUCCUUCUUCUCUCCAGAGAUGUAGCUCACAUCAGCACCUGUGAUGACGGCUGUUUGGCUCUGGCCGACCUCUUGGGAUGGAAGGUAAAUUCCUCCUCAUAGAUUUCCCUUAUUUUAUGUUUUUGGAUUUAUUAUAGUAAAAACCUGCAGAGCUUUGAGGGCAAAGAGCCGCAGUAGGAUAAAAAACUGCCACCUGCUCAGUCAGGAUGUAGCUGCAGGUUUUGAGCUAACGUGAGUGCUUUCACUCUUCUCCUCCUUGGAACUGUCGAUGACGUGAGGGGAGGUUGGUUGACAGGGUGGUGUUAAGUCUUCAUUUCCUCUCAUGCACUUUUUUAUUUUCUCUUUCUUUUCUUUUUUUCUUUUUUCUUUUUCUUUUGACCUUUUUUAAACUGCCAUGGUCUGAUGCAAGAGGACCUUAUUUCCUUUCAGAUACUGAGAGCUGAAGCUCAUUCAAGUUUAAUUUUGAAAUAUCAUUGAAGGUUGUAAGAUAAGGGUGAAAUGUGUCCUUGUUUUAGGUGACUGAUGCCAUCACUUAAAGCGGGAUUACUCAGACCACAUUUUUAUUUAUUUAACUAGAAUUAAAAACCUUUUAUCUUGAUUUGGCUUUUAGUUUUUUAAUUUCAGUUUAAUCUUGACAUUUUUGCAGGAUGGAUUUUUUUAUUUUUAAUUAAGUUUUACUAGCUUUACUGUUUGUUUUGGUUUGUCAGGGAACAUAAAGGGGCAAGACUAGUUAAAAUUGAACUAUAUGGCACACAGAUGCCAUAAUAACUGGUCUGUGGGCUCACAUACGUCAUACCACCCCAGCAGUGCAGUGCUCUGGCUGCCCCCCCCCCAGUCAAAAAGGUCUGGGCACACCCCUGCUUGUUAGCGUACCUCACCCUGAGUACCUCAUUGUAGCUCAGAAACAGGUGGAUCCAUGAUGAACAGAGGGUUUUGUUGAUGGCUAAGAGCGGACUACAGUAGAAGUUUGAAAAAAAAGCCAGAGCUUUCGAAAUGUUCAGGCCACUUAUGUAUGAUUUUCCUGUGUGAUUUUGCGGUCACAAGUCAGGGGCCUUUUCAGUAAACACCAAGCAUUUCUUCCUCUAGUCCACGAGUGCUUUCUUUUUUGUUUUCAUGCAUGAGCCAUUUCAAAAACCUUGUUUCGCCUCCUCUUCUCUCCAGGCUGAGCUGGAAGACUUGGUGAAAAGGGAGCACGCCAGGAUUGACAGUAAAGACAAAAAGGAGAAGGCCGGCGCUGAGAGCAAAGGAGCUGCAGCCAAGGGGAGCUCUGCUACGGUGGCCCCAGAGCCCAAAAAGGAAGAGUAACUUAUGAAAAAAGCUCUCCUGUAGUGAUGGCGCAGAUUGGAGUUGAAAGGCAGAUUGUGAUAGGAGGGGUUUAUUUGGAGGUUAAGUCUGUCACAGUUUUAUUUCCCAUCUAAGGACUUUUUUAAAGAACAGCUGAGUUUGUGUUCAUAUCAGUUAUUUGCACUUUACUUACUUCCUGUUUUUUUUUUCUCUUUGCUCAGAUGUUUAUUUCUUUCUGCAGAAGUUUGGUCCAUGCACAUGCAAACUCUGCUCCGUUUUGAAACAGUAUCAUCUUCCCAGCCAAGUACCAAAACACACAGAUGCUAAACGGGGAUUUUGACAACUUAAGCAACUUUUAGCUGACCAGGCAGUUGCCUCAUAAAAGCAUCAAACUCAUUAAAGCCUGAAGUUCCUGUUAGGCAAACUGAUGCACAUUUAACAAAAGGAUAAUUAUCAAAACCGAAGUUUUAAAUGUUGACUUAACAGCUUUUUCCUAACCUACUGAUCCUUUUACACUUGGCUUCCAUUAUUUUUAACACAAUUCUCUCAGAUUUUCAUGUAAUAACAAAGUCUGUCAUGUACAAAAUAACAAAUUAGCUCUUUACUCAGAAACCUAUUUGAUUUCUUUAGUUCUUGAUCUUUAAGCUUUAAUGUUGGCAGAUAAGCAAGAACAGAAAACAGACAUGAAAUACUGAAAUUCAAUAAGCUUUCAUGAAGAACAAAGAGACGGUAUUUCAUUGUUUAACUAUGUGGAUUUUCUUAAAAUGUUUGAGAUGUUACAUAAUGAAAAAAAUAAACUUUAGGGGGUCAACACACAUUCAUUACAGGCUAUGAAAACAAGGAAAACAAUGCAAUAAACUUGACAUUUGCAAAACCAAUUAUGCUGAACUCUGAGAUCAUUUUUCAGGUUAAAGAUAGCAUCUUUUGUGGGUAUAUUUAUAACGUUAUUACAGCUUAAAUAAAGUCUCCUACCAUCAUAAAGAGUUUUUUAGGGUUAAAUAAAAAGGUUUUAAAGUAGCUCCUGGUUCUGAUAUGGCUCAUGCUGCAUUCGUUCUUAUGUUUACAGAUGUUUUCAGGUGCAGCUUUAAAAAAUGAAAAUUUUACUUAGUAAUGUAAGUUAAAAAGCGAAACUUCCAUAGAUUAUCACACACAAAGUGAAAUAGUUUAAAAGUGUUUUACUUGAAUCUUGAUGAUUACGGUGUACAGCUCAGGAAAAUCUAAAAUUCAGGAUCUCAAAAAAUCAAAAUAUGACAAAAGACUGAUCCAAAAAAAAAAUCAUGAGUCAGAAAAGCCGACCUUCAGGUGAAUAAUGUUCAUUUAUGGUCUCAGUCAUUGGCCGAGGCUCCUUUUGCAUGAAUUCCUGCAUCAGUGUGACCUGUCAUAGAGGUGAUCAGUCUGUGGCUCUAACGGGGCGUUACUAAAGCCUACUACUGCCAGGUCCAGCUGCAAAAGGAAAUCUGUUUCUCCAUAAAGCUUCUCAGCAGAUGGAAGCAUGAAGGUCUUUCAGAUCUCCUGGUUGACUUAAGUCUACGUUGACUGGACUUAAUAAAACACAGUAGACCAACAGCAGCAGAAGACAUAGCACCCCAAAUCAUCACAGACUAUAGAAACCUCACUCUGGAGUUCAAGCACCUUGGAUUCUGGGCCUCUCUGAUCUUCCUCCUUGAUUUCCAAGUGAGAUGUAAAAAAGACUCUUAUCUGAAAAACAAGACUUUGGACCACUGAGCAACAAUCCAAUCCUUUCUCUUUUGACAUUGUCUCUGGUUCAGGAGUGUCUUGACAACAGGAACACACAAUAAGCCGAAAUCAUAAAUAUUCAAACAAAAAAAAAGUCUUGAAAUAUUCACUUUGUUUGUGAUGAAUCUCAAACACCCGAAAUUUUCACUUUUUGAAUUAUAUUAGGUUAAAAAUGAACUUUUGUGGGACGUUCUCAUUUGUAUUUGAUCUCUGUAGCUCAGUGUGUGUACAUGAAGUGAAAGAAAACUUUGAGUGCUGCUGGCACGGAAAGUUGACCAACACUUUUAACACCUCUCUCUGCAGUUACCGUGAGAUUUGAAACAGUUGUUUAACCACCUUUUUCUCAUGAGAGAUCAAUACUUAGCAAACCUCAAGGGCAGUUGAUCCAUCCUCAGAAAUCUCUCUCUGUUUGAUAUACGUCACAUUUCUAGCUGUGGGAUCGACAGUGAAAGCAUACGCCUGUUUGCAUUUGCUUUACAGCUGCAAGAUAAAAUCAGGAAGAACAAAGAUGUUCUCUGAGCAUUUUAGAUUGAAGUUUGAAUUUUACAACCUCAUUUGUCGAGAGAGAAAAUAGACACACGUGGCUCUUCAGAGAACAUGCUGUGUUUCACAGUUGCAUUAUGUACUGAGUUGGGUUAACCACAGGCAGACCUGAGUGGAGGAAAGGGUAAAGGAGGUGCAGUGAUGACAGAUCAGCUGAAGGGGUUUGCAUGAAAAUUGAAAGUGCGUUACUUGUCAGCGUGCACAGACGACAGACGGCAGUGAAAGAGCAGUUCUCUGGCUGCAAAAUAAUGCGAAUUACACCAGGAGGAUCUUCAUGAUGUAGAUUUUUGAGGAGAAUGUAAGCUUCCUUUUUCAUUUACGGCGGUGUUUUGAACUCUUGAGCAACAUUUUGUGUGUUUCAAAGAGGAAAACGUUCAAGAGAAAGACGAUUGCAACAUGUGGAGUGAUGUGCUAACAGCAUCGAUGAGAGGAGAUAAAGAAACUAACUAAAAGAGCCCAACACAUGUAAGUAUCAACCAGUCUGACGCUAUUAGUGAAGCACAAGUGGCUCUGAUAAUAAUGUUCCCAAAGUUGAUUCAAAAUUCAGUUUAUCAACCACAUGUUCUCUCUGUGAUCUUUACAAGGAUUACAUCUCACUAACGUGCCCACAUGUUUGUGUUCAGGGCGGUUCACAGUCAAGUUAACGGCACCACAGCCAUCCCGUGGAGGAGCAGCAGAAGGAGGCUGUCUCUGCUGGAGCUGCUGAGGAGCUGUCAGGACGCCUGGUGCCCUGGGACACCCUGGAACAGAGAGGAGGCCCAUGUUGCUCUCUGUGGAACACCUACAGGGGUAAACUGAAAUCCUCUCACUCCCUUCUCUGUGACACAGCUCUGAACUAAAAUCCCAAACAGGUCAUAAAGCCAUUGAGCUGAAAUGAACCUGUGCUUUUAGGUGUUGUCUUUCACUUACCAAAUUUCUUAUCAAAACUAAAGGUGGAAAAAAACUUCUGAGACUUGCACCCCCUCACCAAAAGUUAAUUAAUUAAUUAAUAAAAUAAAAUAAAAAAAUUCAGUAGGAUCCUCCUAAACCGUUGCAACUUAAAACUUAAGUGGGCCGUUUAAAAAAUAUACUAAAAGUCGUACAUGAUCCUGAAGACAUUUCUCCAAACCUGUAAAAGAUUUUGCAAGAUCCUGAGAUGUUUUUGUAAGAGCCCCAAAAAGUUGUGCAAAAUCCCACGAAACCUUAGCAUGAUUAUGAGGACCUUUUGCAAAGCCCCCAUAGCACUUGAGCAAGAUCCUGUGAUGCUUUUAGGAAAUCCUGAGAAUGGGAGAAAGUUUUGCAAGAUCCUAAAAAAAGAAACUUCUGUUCACAAAAAUUCAAAGAUCCUUUAUGACCCUGAUAAAACUUUGCAAGCUCCAAAGGAUUCCAUAAAACAUCCUUAUGAUAUGGAGGGUCUUUUGCCAAAUUUUCAAAAAGUUGAACAAUUCAGAAUUUUUUUGUUGAUCUGGACUAACUUUUGCAAGAUCUCAAAAGACAGAUUUUGAGGAUCUUUUGUGUAGAGUCCCCCAAGAACUAAGUCAAGAUCCUAUAAUGCUUUUAGGGGAUUCCAAGACACUUGUGAGAAACUUUUGCAAGAUCCUAAGGAACCCAAGCAAGAUCCUGAAGAACUUUUGCAAGAUCCGAGGAUAAUUUUGUGGUUCGAAAAAUGCUAAGAAAUUCUGCCAAAUCUGGAAAAAUUUUCAGAAGAUGCUUAAAAAAUGUUUCAGGUCCCCCCAAACUGUCAUGAGAUCCUACCAAACUAGCAAAAUCCUGAUAGACUUUUUGCUAAAUUUUCAGAAACUUCUGCAGGUUCCCUAGAAAUUUGAGCAUAAGCUUGAAAACUUGCGUGAGAUUUAGAGAAACUUUUUCAGUACCCUUUGAGAUUUAAGUGAAAACUUAUAUACUUAUACUGGGUCUCAAAGAUUUUUGUAGGAUGCCAAGAAACUCAAACAAGAUCCUGAGAAACUUGUGAGAUUUAGAAAACCUUUUAAAUUGAGUGAGAAACUGGGAACGUUCUGGAAGAUUGUUAGGAACAUUGGCCAGGUCCUAAAAAUUUUGCAAGAUCCUAGGUUACUUUGAUUGACUUCUGACAAGAAAUUAAAAAAGGUUUUGCAAUUCCCUCAGAACUUCACAAGAUCCAGAAAAAAUCCAGAGAAACAUAUUUGAGAAUCUCAGAAACUUCAGUGAAAUGCUACAAAAAUUUGCAGGAUCCUGAGAAAUUUGUGCUCGAUUCUAAAGUCAGGAAGCUGCAUUAUUGUAUGUACCCAUUUAGCUCUAAUCCAUUAGUCUUGACAAAAUGUAGCAGGUUCUCUUACAUGUUUGUACCUUUAUUUAAACCCUGUUAGCCUGUUUGGUUUUUAGCUCGUUCCUUCAGGGUUAGAUACAGAGCGCUUCAAACAUUCCUGCAUACUAAGUGUGUAAAGGCGUGUAUUUGCUUUACUUGAUAGUUCUGUGAGUAAUUUAAGCAACACUGAACGCUGACAUGCAUAUCUCUGCGAUGUAAAACUAGUUCCUUUUUUCUGCAUUUGAACCCUGUUAAUAAACAUGCGUAGCCCUUAGUACUAAAUGCAGAAGUAACUUUGAAUAAAAGAGUGUGCACUGCAGGGAAAUGACAUUACAAAUUGUGCAGCAGAGACAAAAUGUCAGAUGUUAGAGGGUGAGGGACUCUAGAGAAAGAUCUUAAAGCAAAUGCAUCUACAGGAGGGAGGACAAACCUGUUAGUCUGCAGCAUCGAGUCACUGACACGUGAGUAUUCAUCUGUGGGGAAAGACAGUGCGGUUUGCAUUUUACUGAAGUUUCUCACGGUAAAAGUACGAGUUUUGUGAAUGUAUAAACACCGUGCUCUGUGAAAUGGCAGUUUUUGGUCAGUUGCUUUUUAAUAUGACAGCCUCAAACAAAGAAUCUAUUCUUUAACUUCUGUCUAAAGAGUCUCCAGCAUGGAUUAAAUGAUAAAUGCAGAAUAUUUGUUCAUACAACUUCACUGCUCUCCUGUGUGUCUGUGUGUUUCAAGGCUCAGAGACUUGCUGUGAACUAGUCUCUAUUUUUAUGCUACAAAGCAUGAAAGCCACUUCCUGACUGUGUGUGUGUAUGUGUGUGUCUAAUUGUGUGCUAGUGUGUGAGAGCAGUUUUGUUGAUGUACUGCAGUUUUAAUGUGUUGUACUGGGGACUGCAUGUGCGUUUGUUCUACACAAGUUCAUUGUGUCUCAGCCAGUUGCCUUUGUGGUUUAACUAACAGUUACCGUAAAAUGUGGUAAAUUAAGACCUUGGGACUCAAAAAGUCUGACGGAGCAAUGACUUUUUAUUCUUAUUCUUAUGCCUUUAAAACAAGAACAUGUAAAAAAGCAUUAAUCCUGCUCAUGACCAGGUUACUUAGAUUUUAAAGUAUCUAAACUUUGAAAGGACAGAGAAAGACUUGACAUCAUCUUGUUUUGAUUAAGCCCCGCCUACUCAGAGGAUCACAUGCAAAUCAAAACAAUAAGACUUCUUCUGCAAAUGAUAUGUACCCUCAAUCAUAAACCAAAUCCUGUGUUUACAAUUUAAAGAUUGUUUAUCCAGAAAGUAUUCAACAUAAUCUGCAAUUUUUUGACAAUAACUGCGUACGAAAUUCAACUACCAGAAUUACUGUGCUCGAGGACGUGGUGCUGACAAUCAAUGGGCUGCAAGAGUUACGCUCAGAAAACUUCAGAGUGUGGUUACAGACCAUGAUGAAUCAAAAAAAAAAAAAAAUGUCCUGAGCACACAAAUGACAAAGAAAGUUACAACAUCUGAUAUGCUGUGCAGUGUUACUCUGUGCACACUUAUUUAGACAUUGUGAAAAGAGCCCAAACUGACUGUUCUGGGGAAAAGAUCCUAUCUGACCCAACUGACUGACAAAAACCUGCUUUUUGUAGGGCACAUAAUUGAGAUGGGUUUCUGUUACUGCUGUGGUUUGGCUUUCAUUAGUGCAGGGGGCAAAUAUAAGAAGAGGCAAUUGAUAAACCCACUAGCUGUGGGCACACAUGGCCUGUAAAGGGGGUGAGAAAUUAAACUCUGUUCAUUUGAUCUCAAACCUCAUAGUAUACCUUACCAACCACAUCAUACUCACAUAUUCUGCUUUUAAGAUCAAUAACUCAGAAAAGGUCACACUCCUUUGUUGAAACCAGCACCCUCUUUCCAACCACGGGCCACAACCUGAUUUUCAUGAGCGGUCCACUGAGCUGGGUAACAUUUGCACAGCUGGCAGCAACUUAAACAUGCAGAGUAACACAAAUGAAAGUGCUACAAAAAUACUUAAUAACAUCAAUAAGAGUUUGCAAAUGUUUUCCCAUGUUUGAUAAAAGUUCAUUUUGUACUUUUUUCCCAUUUCCUUCAAAUGUGACUUUGAGCUCUAAAAAGUGCCUAUAGGGAACAUCCAAGAGUUUAACGUGAUAGUGAAAGAAUGUUGCAAGGUUUCUCCGGAUUAUGAUGAAGUUUCCUAGGACUUCACAAAAGUUCCUCUAAAAUUUACCAAAGUCCUUGGGGUUUGCAAAAACUCAUUGGUAUUGCUCACAUUGUCUUCAGGAUCCUUUAAGUUUCUUGAGAAUGUCGUAUAUGCUCCUACUGAUCUUGCACCUGAUUUUGCAGAAAAUGGUUGGAUCUCACAAAAGUAUAUUUUGGUCUUUCUCAAGUUUCCGUGGCUCUUGCAAAGGUUGUCAAGUUAUUGCUAAAGUUCAUUCAGAUCUUGUAAGAAAACAUCAUCUGGAUCUUGCAAAAGUAAAUUGGGAUCUUGCCAAAAUUUCCCCAGGUCUUGCAAAAGUUCUCUGGGAUGGCCUAAAAGUUCCUUAGGAUCCAUACAGAGUUCCCCAGGGUCUUCCACAAGUUCUUUGGGUCUGAGCAAAUGUCCCAGAUGAUCUUGCAAAAAUGUUCACAUAUGUUCUUCCAAAUUUUAUUGGGAUCUUAAAAGUUUCUCAUGACCACCAAAAACUUCCAAGGGGUCUUCAAAAGUUGUUUGAGAUGUUAAAAAAUUCCUGAGCGUCCUGCAAAAGUUCACUCAGAACAUGUAAAAGUUCCUCACCAAACUGUCCUGGUGUCUUGCCAGAGUAAUGUGUUUUUUCCCCAGGAUCCCUCAGAGUUAUUCAGGAUCUCCUGGGGUCUUUAAGUGUUUAUAGUCUUGGAUGCAUGUUGUUGGUUGAAAAGGAGUUUCAAGCUUUGAUCCAAAACACAAUGUCAAAAAGUUCCUUUAAAACUGUGAAAAAAAGGACCCUUUAUGAGCAUGAAAGUGUGCUACAAGAGUUGGGACAUCUUAAUAUUCAACAGUCUCAAGGUGAACUCAAAUGCUGCUGGGGACAGCUAAGACUGUGUGUUACUGUUUGUAUGCUUUUAUAGACAAGUGUGUCUGUUUUUUAUUUUCACAUUUGGAAAAAAGAAAGAACAAAAUCUGAAAGAGGCGAGAGUUCCUGAGCUGAUGUGAGUUCACUCUCAGACAGUUACAACCAGCCUUCAUAAAGACAUCUCUUCUUUAUUUUUAUGAGUGGGCAAACACCUCUACAGCUUUUAUAAACCCUGGAAAAUUCACUGUUUAUGACUUUCAGUUUACUCCUUAACCUGUCAGCGUUUUCAGAAUAAUCCAGUCCAGUCAGAGAGCCCAUGACACACAGAGGUUUUUUCCUACCCCAGUCUUCUGAAUAUCAUUACUGCAAGUUUUUCUUUUUUCUUUUUUUUUCUUUUUUUUUUUUGUCUGGUUGGUGUGGCGCAUUGAAGAGAGAAACGUCUUCCUGCUUGACGAGUUUCAGUAACUGUUCAGAAAUGAGUCACCGUGUGUCUCCCUCCAGAGUUUCCUGGUCGUGAGGGACGCUACGACAUCUCAGGCCAGCGUGUUGUGUGUGUCUGCAGGAGGAGAGGAGGACGAUGCAGUUAUUGAUUAUACCAUCAAAAGCGUAGGAACAGGUAACCGCACACACACACAAACCUCUCUCUCCUUCUCUCUGUAUCUUUGUAGGCGUGUGUGUGUCCACGUGUGUGCAGGAAGGUGUUAAAACCAAACGCCAUGUCACUUUUAGUGGGUAUUGUAUGACUCACUUUUCUCUCUCAGACUAAACUGAAGAGUUCCAGUAACCACAUUAAGUCUGAAACUUUUCUGCUGUUGUUUCUGACUCCUCUAACAAGAGAAACCUGUUCAGGUGUGUACAGGUAAUCUGGUAAUUAUGUACAGGCUGUCUUCAAACUAAAAUUACUGGUUCCUUUUACUGUGAACUCCCUUUCAGUGACUUUGACUACACUGCUGAAGCGAUAAACCAUAUAUUCAUGUUACUCUUUUAAAGCUGGAUUUUGUUAAACUCAAGGAGUUAUGAUUAUUAUCUGACUGCUUUUUACACAGCUUUGAACACAAUACCAAUGUAAGUCCUUUGUAUGGCAGCCAAAUAUCCUAAAAAGUCCUAAAAAUGUGAAUUAAAAACUGAUUUGGGGGAUUUGAAAGUCAUUUAAGUCCUGUCUGUAAUUAAAAAAAAUUACAAAACCAACAUUUCAAACUCCAAAGCUGAAAAAUGUAUUAUUUUAUGAAAAAUAUCUGCUCAUCUUUAAAAUCACAAACCACUAUCUGUGAGCAUAGUUUGAUGUUACAUUCACAAAUGCAGGUCAAAACUGUGUCAUGCAUAUAAACCUGUUAAAGAUGGACCACCUGCUAUCACCAUACACUUCAAUAACCAGCAUCCCUGAUGGUAUGGGGAUGCAUAAAAGUCCAUGUCAUAGUAACUUCCACAUCUGUAAAGGCUGAAUAAUAUCUACAGGUUUAGGAGAAACAUCUGCUGACAUCUAGACCAAGACUUCUUCAGGGAAGACCUUCAUAUUUCAGCAAGACAGUGACAGACCACAGUCUGACUACAGGGAUUACACCAGAAUGGCUCUGUAGUAUCAAGACACAAAAAAUACCACAAAAGAAACCCUGAGCUGUUGAGCAGCUGAAAUCAUUUCUUCAAGCAAGAAUGAGACAACAUUUCACCACCUUUUGGGGAUCUGAGAUUGACCUUUAUCAAAACAGCGGCAAACUGAAGUGUUUUAUGUAGUAAUAAAACAUUAAAAAGACUAAUGUACAAGUUGAAGAUUAAAGACUUGUGGCAGGUGGUUUAUGUAGAAGUCCCCUUUAGUCUUCCUGGUUCAAGCUUCAGUUUGUUUACAGGAAUGAAUAUUUUGACUAAUCAUGAGAGUAACUCUGCCCACUCUCUUCUCUUUGUUUCAGUCUUUCAGCUGUCAGGGUCCCGUCUUUGUUUCGCUGAUCUCGCUCAGCUGGUCCUCUUCUAUUCUCUGACCAGGUAAGGACCUGCUGUUCACUGAUGUCUCAGCCUGUGAGUAAUCAAUCCAAAUCAGCCCCUGUUUAACAUUAAUAUCUACUGCAGCAGUUCUGUUUAUUGAAUUAAAGCAGGAGGAAAUACUUGUCAUAAAACAUGCAUACCACAGCUAACCAAAGAUGUCAGGUACUGCUUUCUCCACAGGGGGUGCCAAAAUCACUGAGCUCAAAUGUUUAUAUUUGCAGUAUAUUGGGAUUACACCUGCUAUUCUAUUCUGCAUUGUAAACAAAUUUCUAUCCCUAUAAAAAAGCCUUUUUAAAAAAAAUGAAAACAAAAGGCUUUUUUUAAUAUAUACAUCUUAUUAGGAAUUAAAGCUCCUAUAAGGAGAUUUUGGCUUCUUGUUAAACAGACCAAUACUUGUGUCGAUGCUUCUUUAUGAAUUUGAGAGACAGACCAGACUAUUAUCAUGAAGACUCAUCAUUUCUGUGUGGUUAUUUUAAAGUGUUGAACUGAUGCAAGGGGGAAGGUGUCAGAUAGGGUGACGACCACAUGUUGCGGAAACAGUCAAGACUCUUACUGAGCGAUAUUUAUGUCUGUGAGAACAAAGCGGGGGGAGGGGGGGCAAUGAGUAUGAAAAGUCGCUUCUUGCACGUGUGUUGAACAAAUUCAGAAAAGAGGUGCUGCUUUUUCCACAAGGGGGCACCAAAAUCAACACAAACAGAAAGUUUCUUACAAGAGUUAUAAAAAAAAUACCAGCCCGAUAACUUAAAAUGUCAGAGAAGCGAAAACCUGACUUUGUUUCACUGCUGACAAACAAACAUCGUCUUAUCUGUUCUCCAUGUUUGUUUUUUAUGUCUCUAUUAGGGAUGUGCUGGCUGUUUGUCUCUCCAUUCCUCAUUGGAUCUGCAGCAUCUCUGAAAAGAACAAAUAUUCUCUUUCUAAACUCGGACCCGGUGAGUUUCUUUCUCAUAUAAAAAUAAAAACAUAACCUAACAGAUGUUUUCAAAAGCUGAACUUAUUCUUGCUUCAUCUCUGAUGCAGAAACUUGGCUUCACAAACCAUCUGAACAAGAAACUGCUGAGAUGACAGACAGAGCGCCAGGCAAUGUCAUGUGCUCCAUCCAGGUAAGCUGCGUACGUGUGUGAGCGUAUGUGUGCAAACAAAUGCAAACACAGGAAUGGUGUUGCAUUUAAUAAAAAGGCUUCCUUAUUUUCUUGACUUUGCAAGUGAAGCAGCAUUCGUAUCAGUUGCUAACGGAGGCAGGAAUCAGUUUCUAAACACUGAAUGAAUCAUCUCUUGUGCCACUAUUAUUCGUAUAUUUAGAUUUUUGAUCGGAGUGCAGACGUGUGCAUAAACUUGCAAACAUUGCACACAGCUGGUAAAUCUUUGCACACUAUAAUUUAUGCAUACACUUCUGUCAUAUGUACAACAAAGUUGAGGGUACAGAUUUGUUAACAGCGAUCACAAAUUAGCAAAAUUGCGCAUUGUUUGUAAGUUUGUGCACACAGAUGAUAUGAUAUGUGAGCACACAUAAGAAUGAGCACAAAUAACAGUGUUGUGGGUACAAAUAUAAGUAUUUGUUGACUGCAUGAAUUUUAAACAGCUGGAAUGAAUUUCUUGAACUCAAUCUGAAGAAAUAAUGAAAGAAGAACAAAAUCUGAAAAGUAUAUGUUAAAAAAAAUCAGAGAAAACUUGUUCUUGACACAUUUUAGCGUAUGGCCCAACACUCACUGUAUUUUAAUGCUAAUAUAUACAGAAAUUUUUCAUAUGUCAUUUUUUUUUCACUGCAUCGUUGAAAAUCUUCAAACUGUCAUGUAUCAUCCUGACUUUGUUAAAACUGUCUCUAUCUUUGUUUCCUCAGCUGACUUCCACAAAUGGCGCCUUGUGCAUCAUCAACCCGCUCUACCUCCGCGAACAUGGAGAUGAUUGGCUCACAAACAGGGCUCCAUCGUGUGCCACACAGCCGUCUCUUUACAGAGGAGAGCGACGCCUCAGCACCACAAGGACCUGGGCAGGGGCGGGGCUUCAGAAUAAACGAGCCAUCUCAUUGGACCAGGAACCCUCGUCUGCCAGUACAGAGAGUUCAGGUGAGAACGUAUUUCUUUAGACAUGAGCAGGAGUUCAGAGAGAUUCCUUAUUUCUACUUUUGGAUUCCUGCACCCUUAAUUCCCAACUACCUGUAAUAUUAUUAUUUUUUUAACUUUCAGCCAACCCACAGAUUGCUUUGCUCUCUCCAGUUAAAAGAAACAGUUAUUGUCAUAAACUUUAUUUGUUGUUGUUAUGAGUUAGUUCAGUAGAUUGAUAUCUUCGCUAAGACUGAGAUAUGAUACUUUUGAAAAAUCCAAAAUGAAGGAGGUUCGUUUAAGAAAGUAUCUGAAAAGAAUAUCGUAUUUCACAAAAAUGAUAUUUAUUUUUUCCUUUUUUCUUCAUAUCAGUAAAGAUUGAAUUUUAAAUAACGCUGUAUUAUCACAGGGAAGUUAAGCUUGACUACUGCUUGGCUAGUUGCUUUUGCAAAGUUCCUAUAAAAUCAGAACUUCUCAUUUGAUGUAUAAGCACUGACUGUAAUGUUAAAUAUUAACCCAGAUGACGUCACUUUUAGAUGCAGAAGCCCUCCUGUUUUUCUUAAUGCUAUGGUAAAAGUGUUUAGCUGUUAAAUUUAAAGAUUAAAACUUCAUGGUUUUGCACAAAUUUCUACUUUGAGGGUCAUAAGUGAAGAAAUCGAACUUGUGCAUCAUCUUGCUUCCAUUGCUUGCAUCUGAAUUUUCAUUCGUGUUCUCCUUUUCCAGGUCUAACCAGAGCCCAGUCAGCUGAUUCACCAGCUUGCCCACUAACCCCGUUGACACCAGCUCCUCCAGGAGGUGUGGUCCUCAGGAGGCUCAGCAGAGACUCCAACUCCAGCCUCUCCCACAGAGCGAGCUCAGGGAGCCUCCCUCCAUCCACUCCCUCCACCCCUGGAGGUUCAAACCGUACGUCCUUUGAGCUGCAGCCCCACGGCAGCCCCGUGCCCCAGUCUCCUCACAGGGUGUCCUGGAUAGAAGAUGGGGUCUGGCUGCCUCCACCUCGGCCUUCCUCUUUGCUCCAGCCACCGUCCACGGAGCUCGACUCUCUGUCCAUUAGCAGCAUAGAGGAAGAGCAGGAGUCACAAACCCAGUGCCCAGCCUCGCACCAUCAGUCUGCACACUGGUUGGCUGACAAAGUCAUGAAUCGUCUCUCGGCGGUGGGUCAGGCUCUCAGUGGGCUGGUGAGCCAGAAGAAACGUCUGACCAAUCGUGUGCAGGAGCUGAGUGAGCGGAAAGGUAGUGGGUUUGCAGAAGCUGUGAAAGGAUUUAUAGAGGUGACGCUGAAGAGAGGAGCUGAACCUGGAGGGGUCAUGGGGUCAGAGUUCUUACAGGAAGUGAGGUCAUCACUUACAUCACUGAGGGAGAUGCUGCUGGACUACUCAGAUAUCCAGGUGUUGUUGGACAGCAUGACUGAUAUAAAUGACUCAGAAAUUGGUGAGUAAGACUCAAGACUUGAAAGAUUAAUGUUGAUUCCUCCUCAAAAUUUUCUCUCAUGUCUAAAUGCUCCUGCAGACUCCCUGGUCGAGCUCUCCCUCCACAAAGUGGCCCUGAAGCCGGUCUCUGCACACCUCUACUCCUGCAUCCGCUCCUCUCGAAUCGAGGACGGCAGCUUUGAGCGGCUCCAGAAAAACCUGACUGUGCUGGAAAAGAAAGAGAUGGAGGAGCUCGGAGGCUCGGCAGAGGUUGGAGUUCCUGAUUCAGUCAGCCUAGAGCGCAUCCAGCAGAGGUGGACCAGCAUGCAUGAAGCCUACUCCCCAAACAAGAAGGUCCAGAUCCUGCUCAAAGUCUGCAAAAGCAUCUACCUCAGCAUGAGUGCAAACUCCAGCUCAGGUGAGAAAACAAUCUUUGCAUCAAUAUCUCUGUGAGUCUUUAGCUGUGUCAUCAGAUUCACACUCUGCUCUCCUGCAGGUUCAGUUUUUGGAGCGGAUGAUUUCCUCCCUUGUCUGACGUGGGUUCUGCUUCGUAGUGACGUGGUCACCUUACAGAUAGACACAGACUACAUGAUGGAGCUGUUGGACCCCACACAGCUGCAGGGAGAAGGUAAGGCAGAUCAGAUUCUGUCAUUCUUGAUUCUGAUGAUCCUCUUGUCUUUUUGAAGCUCAUACGGGGCUUAAUUCUCAAGUUUAUUUCAUCAUUCCUACAACCUGCCAAAGCCUCCUCACAAAAGCUUAAUUACAGCCUCUCAUCUGUUGUCUGCAGGUGGAUACUACCUGACGACCCUGUACGCCUCCCUGUACUACAUCAGCAGCUUCCAACCACGGCUGGCCGCCCGUCAGCUCAGUGUGGAAGCUCAGAACUCUCUGAACCAAUGGCAUCGCAGACGCACGCUUCACUGCAACCAGUCACGACGCAGCAAGAAUAGACGGACCAUCCGCAGAAGAGAGAGGGAGAGGGGCGUGCAGAACUCAGAGACAGAAAGAGGAAGUAAAGAUGAAAGCGUGAGAGGAAAGAGUGCUUCUGUUGAGAGUGAAGAGUCACAGCAGCAGAUGGAGAGCUCCACAGACGCUCUUCAGCCGCUGGAGGAGGAGGAGAAAAACAAAGAACCCAAAACUGAGGAGGAAUCACAGGUGUGCUCUUCAGCAUCAGACUGUAAUCAGGAAGCUAUGACCGAGAGCAAACAGGAGGAUGGACUCAGUCUCUGCUCAGAAGAAGAAAAAGAUCACAGAGGAGUAGAGCAAAGAGAAACAGUAGAAUUGAUCUGA